AAGAUAUUAUCAUUUCGUACGUUCUUUGAUUUUGUCAAAUCUCAAAAACGUAUAGAAAUCCAUUCUCUACUUUGGUCUUCUUUAUUGUGAAACUUGGAGGGCAAUUUUGUUAAGUACAACUAGAGGAACUAAAAAUGCAAUCAAAGAAUGGUGGAGAAGAAAAGAGGAUCUAGCCAGUGAUUAUAGUGGUUGGGUGAGAAAUCACUUACAUUGUCACUCCAAGGCUUUUCCAAAGAAACUUUGUUUGAGUUUAGAGAGGAAACAUGGAGAGCCGUUUGAUUUUGGUGAUAUUAAGUGUGGUUGUAAUGGUACUGGAGAUUAGCCUCAUGACUCAUGCAGCUGUUCCAAAGAGUAUUAUGAAACAUAUUGAUAGAGUAAACAAAAAUGGCCCUUAUUUGGGCAUAGUGGUGCCUAAUGCCUUUGAAAUGAAUCCUCUUCUUCAAUCUCCAAGCUUGAUGGCUGAUCAUAAUCUUCCCCACCUUGAUUUUUCAGGUCGACGGUUUCGAUUUGGACGUAUAAAAGACAAGAAGGUUAUAAUUGUAAUGACCGGACUAAGCAUGCUUAAUGCAGGAACAACCACACAGUUGCUUUUAGCCCUAUUUAGAGUAAAAGGUGUGAUUCAUUGUGGAAUAGCAGGAAAUGCAGAUCCUCAGCUUGAAAUUGGGGAUGUAACAAUUCCUCAAUAUUGGGCUCAUACAGGCCUAUGGAAUUGGCAGCGAUUUGGAGAUGGACCGGACGACGAACUUGCAUUAGAAUCCAAUGGAGAUUACACGAGAAAGAUCGGUUUCCUGAAAUUUUCCAACUUCAAUACGGUUGACACAAAGACAGAAAAAUCUGUAGACAACCUUUUGAACAAUGUCUGGUACCAACCAGAAGAGAUCUUCCCUGUAGAUGGAACUCCUGAAAUCAGACAGAAUGCGUUUUGGAUUCCCGUGGACAAACACUACUUUUCAUUAGCCAAGAAACUUGAGGGAUUGAAGUUGGAAAGGUGUCUGAAUUCAACAAAUUGCUUACCAAGGGCUCCUGUUGCAGUGAGGGUGCAAAGAGGGGUCAGUGCCAACGUGUUUGUUGACAAUAAAGCUUACAGAGAGUUCCUGCAAUCAACAUUCAAUGUGACCUCCAUUGACAUGGAAACUGCAGCUGUGGCACUCGUCUGUCUUCAACAAAAGAUACCCUUCAUUGCAUUUAGAUCAUUGUCUGAUUUGGCUGGUGGAGGCUCUGCUUUGUCCAAUGAGGCUGCAGCCUUUGCCGUAUUAGCAUCCCAGAACGCUGCCACUGCUCUUGUUAAAUUCAUUACUUUACUGUAAUAAAAAGCAGAUAGAUACCUGCUGUUUCUGCAACGACAAUGCUCUCUUCUGAACUUUCAAUAUCAUGUCUUCAUGAACGGAUUCGAUGUUAGAUUUAUUUUAAAAUAUAAUGUUAUUAUUAACAUGGUCUACGUGCA